AUGAAUGACAACCAUCACCUUGACAUUUCCGAACCAGGAGAAAGCCAGGAUGUCCUGCAGCUGAAUGGAUCUACAGACACAAUGGAGCAUGAACAACCACCGCCGCCAACGACUGUUACCUCGGAUUAUCAGGAUCUUGAGUCUAGAUACAAGCAAGCCAUAGAAAGACGAACUAAGCAGCGCGAUGAUUACAAGGCCCGGUAUCGGGCAGCAGCAACGCAAUUGACCAAAUACAAACUUUCCGUCGGAGGAUUCCCACAGCUGUAUGAUAGCUAUGUGACAGGGCGGGUGGAAAGUCUCCGGAACAAAAUCUGGAUGUUCAGUCUUCAUCAUUACGAAGAGGAAAAGGGGGUCACCACUCGUGGACGAGAGACUCAACCAAAUCACGUCUUCGUUGAGCACACUAAGCCCAACCUGCCAAGCGACAUAACCCCUCAAAGGGCCCUUGAGUCUGCCAACUGGCGCCCCAUGAUCAUUGAAAGUUUUCUGUGGAAAUACUUUGUCUUUCGAGUCUUCAACCGGUUCUGGUGGGCGGGCAAGCACGGCGUCCAUAUGGGCAAUGUUUAUGCGGUUAUGAAAAAGAACCAGUCGACUGCGGCCGAACUUCAGAGCUUCCAAAUGUGGUCUGCCACUACAACUAAGCUCAUUCGUGGGUCCAUAAGCCGCGGGGAUCCCGGAUGGACCGAGAGUUGCAGAAAGCUUUUGGAUGAUCUCGUGAACGAGAUACAUGUCGCGAUUAAACCGUACCGUUUCACCGAGCCCGGUGAUAUGAAAAAUGGUAUUCGUGAGGUCUUACAAACUGCAAUCGAACUGGAUGAAGAGCUCAGCCAGCCGCUGGCACAUUUUAGGUGGGAAUUCCCCAGGGUCGGAGAAGAAUUUGACGAGAGCCGGAUGAAACUUGCGGAAACUGAGGAGCUUGAUUCAACGAACUCAAUAAAAAUCAUCAUCUGUCCGGGAAUCACGAAACGGGGGCAGGCCGGAAACUUUGACAAGGUAGACUGGCUUGUAACCGCCAAGGUGUCUUGUUCCAAUCCAAUCGCUGUGUCCCCGUUGGCGACUCAUAGAGCCAGAGAAGCAAUACCGUUUAAAGAACAGUGCAUGGAUAAGGUGAAUAAGUUAUUGGAGGGGGUAAAGACUCAGGGUUUGUAUUUUAGCAGUCAGUCGCCAGAGAAGCAUCGCAAAUAG